AUGAUUUGUGUUCAUCCAUACUUCAUACUUUUCCAGCCACAAGUUCUGAAGAAACAACUAUAUACAGUGACACAAUGGAAUCCUCAUGUAAGCUUCGAAGAGGAGUCUUCAUCUGACAAACAAGAUGCUGUAAAAUGGAAUACUGAAUCCGUUAAACUCUUGAUAUCUUUGAAGAAAGAAAAUACAGAAAUGUUUUCAUCAAAUAUCAUCACACAAAAACAAGGUUGGAAGAAAAUUUCGGAAAUGAUGUGCUUGAAAGGCCAUCAUUGUACAGGGGAGGAAUGUGACAAAAAAUUCCGGUCACUUAAAAUGAGAUACAAAUUAAUCAAAGAAAGACACAAGAGAACUGGAAGUGGGCGACAAUCUUGGCAGUUCUUCCCCCUUAUGGAUGACCUACUACAAGGCGACCCUGCUGUGAUUCCAACAACAGUAGCCUCAUCAGUACAAAUACAAAAUUCCAAGGCAGCAAACACCAACGCCCCUUCUUCAAAAAAGAAAAUUGAUAAGGAAUCAGCAUGGGUUACCGAGUACCGGGAACAGUUAAAAACUAUGCAUGAGGAGAGAAUGGAGUUGGAAAAAGAAAAAUUGAAAUUGGAAGAAAGGCGGGUGGCAGCGUUAGAAAAGCUUAUUAAUAAAGAAUAAAGCAGUCAAUUUAGUAUUAGUCUCAAAAUGGUUGAGGUCUACUGUCCCUUUGUUCUUAAGUUAAUCCAAAAAUUAAAAAAAAUUUACUAAAUAUUGAUUUUAUCAUUCAAGGUCAAUCUUGAAUAUAUAGUACAAGGUUAUAACUUGAAAAAUUUUUGACAUAUGGAUUUCAAACUUGGAACAAGUAAAGACAACAUUCUAAGACUAAAUGCACUACAUCAGAAUAUUUGACCUUGACUGCUUUUUUUCAUUCUGGAUCAAAUUAAGAAAAAGAUGACCAGACCUUGAUUUAAGAUCCUUUUCACAUGAAGACUUGAAAUUUUUAUAUAUUUUUAGGAAUCUGAUGUGCAAUACACUGCAUUAUUAUUCUUUACCCUAGUCACAUUACUGCACUUGUUUAUGAUG